AAUGUCAAGGUAAUAAUUUACAUAAAAUUCUUCUCAUUUCAUUGUGAAUGGGCUAACAACAAGUUAUUUUUAGUUCCUAUCGUAGACUCAUUUGCAUACUCGUCGCGCAUAUUUUAUUUUGCAACACAGCUGAGUUGCCACAUGUGGUGAAAUAAAAAAGGUUUUGACCUUAAGGCAGUGGUCGGCUUCUAGCUAAGUGCAUUCAUUCGAUCGCCUCAACCGCUUGCCAACGAAAAUCGAAGAAUGGCGCGUGAACACUUGAGAGAAAAAAAAAAGAGAGUGAGACAUUUUGUACUGGCGCGUACGUCACUUGUGGCAGACGCAACUAACAUCAAAUAGCCCGAAAGUGGGCCGAAAAAAAAUAUCAGUGUUUACACAUUUACAUUUCGCCAGAAGUUGUAGAAACUUGCGGCUAAAUUUAAUACAUCGCCAGUGAUAGUAGUUUGCUCACGUACUUUUUCGCGAACUUUGGAUUACAUUGUUAAUAAAUUAAUUAGAUUUAUUUCAAACCGCUCACUAGCUUUUCUAUACGAACUAUUUUUAUAAUGUUUAUGUAGGCAUAUUCUGUGUAAAUAGAGCAGAAGAUUUGGAUCUACUACAUUUCAAUUGUUGUGAAAUCAGGUAAAUCUUUCAAAACAACUUAUUAAGCAUAGAUCUAGAUCUAGUAUUGAGUUCAAAAUAUAGACUACGUCUAUUUCUUUUUUUAAUUCAAAAGUGCCAGAAAUAUAAACGGAUUUCACGAUUGGCCUUAGACACGUACAAAACCUGACCACGUGUGUGAAUUGUGUCAAGUCGCUGUGUUGUGUGUUCAUUGGAAAUCAUGUAACCUGUAACUAUCUUGUUUACAUACAUUUUUGUUUGCUCCGUGGUGGAUAUUUUCUGGGACAUAAUGAACAAUAACAUUCCAAAGGGAUUCACUCUAGAUCUAAAUAUCUUAUUUAGAUUUUAAAGAGUUCUGUCCUCGUUAGUCAAUUUGCCGAGUUUGACAUUCUUCGAAGUGAUGAUUAACAGGUUCAGAUGGAGACCAACAUUACUAUUGGGUGAAGCCGCCGGAGAAAAAGGCAAGAUGCUGGACUUGAAAGUAACAGCUCCUUAAUGCAUGAAGUGGAUUCGCCCGGGCCGCGCCCAGGCCCGGCUCUGCCACCUGCUGCAAGCACCCCUCCUCCACCACCGCCCCCACCAACCCCUACUUCUUCCAUCUCUCCGACACCCGCCAGUCCUCCUCCACCGCCCGCCCCACAGAUCUCCCACCCUCCCCCGACUCCUACUCCAAUAGGUCUGAUCGAAGACGAGCAGCGUGCAGGGGCGGCCGUCUCGGGGACGACAGUCGCCGGAGCUUUGGUCAGGGCGGCUACACCGGAGAGACUCAUUCAGAUGUGUGUAGAGUCUUUCACUGAAAAAGAAUUGGACAAGAACCACGAAGAGUUUGUGAAUGUGUUUUUCUUGAUGCAUCCUUGGUUCAUGACAUCAGAGGAGCUGGCCCAGGCCUUCAUUGAUCUCUACCAAGGUUGUGAUGAGACUGUCACCUGUACCAUGGUCGCCUGCCAACAUCUGCCCAUCAACACCGGAUGUGCCAUACAGACGUAUAAGAAGAUGAUCUGCCAGGCGGUCAGAUACUGGAUUUGCAAGUUUCCACUCCACUUUGAUAUGGACACUCUAGUCACCACUGCAGUCAAGAGACUGAGUUCACUUCUGCAGGCUGAAGGCAAUUACAGAUUAAAGGAACUGGUGGAUGUGUCUAAAGUACCAUCUUAUGACUGGAUGCGGAACAUGUCUGUCAGAAGUACAACCCAUGGGAAACAUUCCAGGAAAGUCUCUUUGGUGUUUAACCACUUGGAGCCCAAAGACCUGGCCACACAGUUGACCUAUUUAGAAUAUAAAGCUUUUAGGAGAGUUCAUUUUUCAGAUUAUAAAAACUAUGCCCUGACAGCAUCUCUGAAAGACCAGCCGAAACUGGAACGUUCUAUAGCUUUGUUCAACGGUCUGUCUCAGUGGGUUCAGUGUAUGGUGCUAAGCAAGACCACACCACAGCAGCGUGCGGAUGUGAUCUGCAAGUUUAUUGAUGUCUCUAAACACCUGAGAGUAUUACAGAAUUUCAACACCCUGAUGGCCAUUGUUGGAGGAUUGUCCCAUAGUGCAUUGGCAAGAUUGUCCAAAACUAUCGCCUGUUUACCUGCAGAAUCACAAAAGACCCUCAUGGACCUGACAGACUUACUUUCUUCAAAUAACAACUUCAGUAACUACCGCAAAGUGUAUCAUCAAUGUACUGGAUUUAAAAUACCUAUAUUAGGUGUUCAUCUCAAAGAUCUUAUCUCACUUCAUACCGCCUUGCCUGACCGGGUCGAGGGUAAUCUUCUGAAUUUUAGAAAGAUGGCACAGCUGGCCAUCAUCUUGAAAGAACUUACCAGAUUGCAGGGCCUUGAUUCUAUCCCAAUAGAUGCUAAUAUGGAUCUGGUGAACACACUUCGGUUGUCACUAGACUUGUAUCAUACAGAGGAUGAAAUCUAUGAGCUCUCACUAGCCAGGGAACCAAGAGGAUCUCUAUCUUCUCCAACAACUCCGACCAAGCCUGUGGUGUUUGCUGAUUGGCUGCUGGGGCUAAGUCCACCUGACUCGGAUACCAUCAACAAACAUGUCCAUGACAUGGUAGAGGCUGUGUUUAAAAAUUAUGAUCUUGAUAAAGAUGGAUUUAUCUCCCAUGAAGAGUUUGACUCCAUAGCUGGUAACUUCCCCUUCAUUGAUUCAUUUUGUGUUCUGGAUGCAGACAAAGAUGGUAUGAUAAGCAAGAGAGAGAUGAAGACCUACUUUAUUCGAGCAAACAGCCAUGUGCUGCGCAACAGCUUUAAACAUGCCUUUCAUGAAACGACCUACUUCAAGCCAACAUUUUGUAUUCAUUGUACUGGAUUGCUGUGGGGACUCAUCAAACAGGGUUGGAAGUGCAAAGAUUGUGGUAUCAAUGCCCAUAGACACUGUAAGGACCAAGUGGUGAUGGAAUGUCGGAGUAAGGGAAACAAGAGGACAGAAUCUAUGUCCAAUGGUAAAGGACCUCAUGACCUAACCAUAACUGCUAAGCGUAAAAUCUCACAGAGACACCUGAAGAGGUCGUCCCCGUCCCACACCUGCCAGCAGUCCACCCAGACGGAGGGCGCUGUGCUGCGCAGGUCCAGCAGCCUGAAGGUGAUGAACAGCAGCAACAGCCAUCGCAACCAUCGUGACUGUACGCUCCUGGAUGGAGAGUACUAUGAGGAGCAGGCGCUGCUGUACGAGAGGCUGCUUAAAGCGGAAGAGGCCCGUGAAAAGCUACUAGAGGAAAAUUCUCGUCUUCGCUCAAAGUUGGAUAUUGCCAAUGACCAGAUCUCACUACUUAAAUCUCACAUUGGAAUCAUUCGUCAGAAUACCAUAGCCUUCAUCCUGGAACAGAUGGAUGCGCUACACAUGCAACGUGACACUGAAGUGUGAAACAUUGAACAGGAUGUAUAUCCACUUGAAAGGGGUCGGAAAAUGGUUUCCAAUCAUUCAGACCUAGCAGUUAAACAUCUCAUUCAUUUGUGGUGGGAUCUAAACCAUUCAGGUCCAAUACUUUACUGGCCAGUUAAUAGCAACAGAAAAUGCAUCAAAUUUUGUCCAUUUUCUGAUAAGAUGAAUUUCAUAUCGUAACCUGAUUCAACAGAUGGUAACUGGAUAGAGGGUUAUUUUUUCUUUGGAGAUCUCAACUUGAACCUUGCAUGCAGGACCAUGCAAAUGUUGGGAACAUUUUUGCUUUUUGGUAGCUGCUCCCAUCUAUUGGACAGGAAUCAUGGCGAUGAUGAAACCAAUGGAACUUUAACACACACUUUCACAAGUCUCAACUUUUAACUGAGACAUCUUGGAAAACACAUGCGUCCCAGUCUUCUUAUUUAUGUCUCUACUAUUUUUUUUU